AGUAUUUGCAACAGCGCCGCCCGCCUACGCAAUGCGAAGUACCAGAAAAACAUUGGUGCGAGCCGCCCCCGCCUCCCCCCUGCAGGUCAAGCAUUCCGGCUUAAAGGAAACGCGUCCCUCGGUUGCUAUGAUACCAGUGUCGACAACACAGCGAAGCAUGGCGUCUAGCUUUUCUGCAAAUCAGUACGAAAAUGCUUUCAAGUCGCAAAGACUCCAGAACUGGACACUGCCAAAGGCUUCGAAAGAGAGACCGAGGGCCAUGGAUGGUCACACAACAUUUAUUGCAACCGACAAAGGACAUCUGCUCCCAGGGAUGAAAGCAAAGGGGGGGGACAGGUGGAUGUUCGUGGGCACGUGGGACCUCCCGGCCCGGAUUCCCCCCGCUCGGAUAAACCCUACAGCCCGCUCACAGGAAGGUCAGGAGCGGCUGAAACGUUGGGGGCAGCGCCAACAGUGUAGCAGGAACAGGGUCCCCAGCCAGGGCUACCACAAAACAGGUGGCAGUGCUGGGGACAGAGAGGCUGAUACCCACAUACUGGAAAAUACACAAAUGACCCCCGAGCCACGUCAAGCUGAACAGGCAUAUGAGCCAUCCCCAGACCCAGAAGCAAGGCCUUCCUCAUCCAGACCUUCCUCACGACAGCAGGUGGAAGCUCAGCCUGGAGCUGAGGCAACAUGCAAUCCGGAUGUUAACUGAGUGUGAAGAAGGCUGGCAGUGGCCAGCUGACAUGUAUCGCAGAUGUUAAGCAAUAUGCCUUCGAAGUUACAGUUGUGGACAUGUCCUGAUUCACUUUGUGUAUAAUGGAAUGUCUCUUCAAUUUAGUCCUGAAGCGUUAAACCAACAAUCGCACAAAUAUGUUUAUUAAAGUGCAGAUAUGGCAAACAA